AUGCCCUAUUCACACCGAUAUGAGCCUCGACAAGUUCUACCCCAGAACGCUGGGCUCGGAGCACCACUUGCUCCGAGCCUUCCUGCCUUGGUCGUUCCCGAGAGAAGCGCAGAUCCCCGAUAUAUGCUCUCCUCCGACAAUGCCUACAUGAAUACACAACCAAUGCCGCAAGUACUCCCGCUGCGAUACUAUCACCACCCGCCGGGGAACUCUGAUGCCCGUGGUCCCUACUAUGAAGAGAGAACAUAUCCAACUUCGAGCCAUGCCCGUGAUUAUGAUAGUCACCGGAGCUGGACAUACGACGUGGAGUCCCAGUAA